GCUACUUUAGCAGAAAUAUCAAGCCAAAGGAUUCAGUGUACUAAGGUAUUUUAUAUUAAUCAGUAAGAGCCAAGGGCCACCUCGCCAGGCCUGCAAGCAGCACAGUGCUUCUAUCAUGGUUGACAACAUUUUAAAAUCUCUCGGGUUAGUUUUGAUCGUCACAGCUCACAUGGUAGUCAACGGCUUCAGCCAAACAGACUAUGGGCUCAUGGGCAAAAACAUCACCCUUCAAUUCAAAUUUAACGUCACUGUCACAAAAAACAAUCAUCUUGCAUGUUAUAAAGAACCCCAAACAAAGGUUGCUGAGUAUUCAAAACAUAGAAGUAUUCCAGAAGAUGGUGACAUAAUCAUCUACCCUAAAAAUACUUCUGUGUUUUGCCACAUUACAAAUCUCAAACUAAAUCACAGUGGAACUUACUGGGCCAGUUUGUUGGACUCAGGACUCGCCCGAGAGAGUCUUCGGGUGCGGCUGAUUGUUCAAGAGAAGGAGCACAGAAACAACACAGUGUCUCCAAAGCUGAAUGACAUCACAACAAAUCAAGACCGUGGAAGUCCCAGUUUCUUUUCCUCUCACAUCGUCACUGUCCUUGUGGUUUCACCUGUGGUGCUGAUGGCUGCAGUACUUCCCUGGUUGAUCUGGUGUCUCUUGAGAACCAAAGACACUCAACAGCGACAACCAGAACCAAGCCCUAACCCCACAGUACAAGAAACAAUUGAGGCAACCAACACUGUCCCUGCACCCCCUCUGGUCUACAGCGUCCUGGACUUCCCCAAAAGACCUUCGGCAGUUUUGGAGAUUAAUCCGAGUGAUACAGAAUACGCUGCUGUCAGUUAUCUUCCCGAAAAUCAGCAAAGGUGACGCGCAGCUGAAUGUAAACAAGCUGUCUUUCUUGGUUUGGGUAAGGGUACGCAAGAUGACUUAUAUCUAAAACUAUAUGUCUAGUAAGUAUGAUAAAUGCUUUCUGUAACACAGUGAUGAAUACUGACAGCCUGUAGGCUUCUUGCAAUAAUUUCAAGCAAAAGAAUUUAGAGGGGAAGAGUCAUUGUUCUGCUUGGGUCGGAAGUACGUAGGUGUCACUUUGUUUCUGGGGUCGUGACAGUUGCUGCGACAAACCACAGGCCGGCACACAUAAUGACACACUUUUGUUUUUUCUUUGCUUUUAUUUGUUCAAGGGUCAUCUGGCCACUAAACCCUAAAAGGGAAAGUCUGGUGAGAUUUUUUUGCUGUCGUUAAAAAAUGCCAUACGAAGACCAAAGCUAACAAUGCGUUGAUCCUACUAAAAUGUAUGUCCUGUGUAGUCAGGCUCAAUUUAUGUUACUCCUCUGUGCCACAGACUCAAUUGGUAUCCAAAAACUACACAUAAAUGCACUGGGUGACAGGUACUGUUGUUAAGAUGAACAUGGGCACUGUAGUUUAUUUUGGGUGCCACAAACAUUGUCCUGCUGCUGCAAAUAAUCACUGGAGCACCAAAUGUGUAUUAAUACACCACUGAAAAUAGUCCCACAAAAAAACACACUGUAUAAUCCUGCUUGAGUA